GGGGGCUACGCAACAGGAGAAGCCGGGUGGGAGCGAUCUGGGGGCUGCGGAUGGCGGCGGAUUCUAUCCGGCCGAGGCGGCGGCGCUGGGGCUGAGGCGGCGGCAGGAGGAGGCGGGGCAGGAGGCGCCUCCCCUCCCUCCUCACUCCUCCCCCCUCCCACCCAGGAGUAGUCUUCCCCAGGAAAACGAAAUCCUGGAAGUGCAGUCUGAACAGCAAGAGCAGUUUUCAGCUCACACAGCUAAUUCUGAGACAGGCAGUCCCGAGCGCAGGCUGGGCUGCCAAGGAACUCAGGAGCUGGACGGCUCGUCCCAGUGGCUGGCUGACCAGAAUGAGGCCGGUUCCCAGCAUGCACUGGAGCAGGACGCCAGCAUUACAACCACAGACGAAACUAUUGGGACGAGAAGCAAAGAGCAAGAGAGAAUUAAAAUGCAGAGCAGUCCUCCUCGCCAGCACUGUGCAUUGCACACACAGGUAGAGCUGGAGACUGCAGCAGACAGAAUGACAGGCAGCAACCCAGUGUCACCAGCCUCUUCAGGCUCGCCUGUUUCAAGUGGCAGCAUCUCACCCCCACAUCUUGCUCAUGAUUCCUCCCUGGACAGUCACCUUGGCUUUGAUGUUUCCAAGACACAGAACAGAGCCCUUGUAUCACCUGGGAUGUACAUCUCCCCUGACCCAGCGAGCAUGUGGGACAAGACACAUGCGGAGAUUGCUGAGCAGGCCAAGCACGAGGCAGAGAUUGAAAAUCGCAUUGCGGAAAUGAAGAAGGAAGGAUUCUGGUCCCUGAAAAGGUUAUCAAAGGUGCCUGAGCCAGUUCGGCCUAAGGUGCACUGGGAUUAUCUUUGUGAGGAAAUGCAGUGGCUGUCUGCUGACUUUGCCCAAGAGCGCCGCUGGAAGAGGGGUGUUGCGAGGAAGGUUGUGCGCAUGGUAAUAAGGCAUCAUGAAGAGCAGAAGCAGAAAGAAGAAAGAGCAAAACGGGAGGAGCAGGCCAAGUUACGCCGCAUUGCAUCAUCCAUCGCCAAAGAGGUCAAACAAUUCUGGACCAAUGUAGAGAAGGUUGUGCAGUUCAAGCAACAGUCACGUCUGGAGGAGAAACGGAAAAAAGCCCUGGACCUGCAGCUGGACUUUAUAGUGGGCCAGACAGAGAAAUACUCAGACCUGCUGACCCAGAGCCUCAAUGAGACCCUUCCUGUUUCCAGCAAGACAAGUGGCUCCCAUGCUGGCUCUACUGCCUCUAGCCCACCACCCCCCAGUCACCUCACUGAGGAUGAAGAUGGGGAUUUCCAGCCCCAUGAGGAAUCGGAUGAUGAGGAGACAAUUGAAGUGGAGGAGCAGCAGGAAGGGAAUGAUUCAGAGACUCAGCAACGGGAGAUUGAGCUGCUAAAGCAGGAAAGUGAGCUGCCCUUAGAGGAACUAUUGCAGUCGCUGCCACCCCAAGUCCUAGAGAACUCUUUCAGCAUGUCACCUUGUGUCUCCAGCUCUGACAAUGAUGAUGAGGAAGAGGGUGACAGUGAAGAGGAAGAAGAACUAGAAGGAAAACAGGCCUCAAAGAAUCUAAAGCAGGAGAAACCAAAGCCUGUUACUCAGAGGAAUAAAACCACCUGGAAGCCUGAUGAAGAGGAUGAGGAAUUUGCUGCUAACGAAGAAGAGGCUGAAGAUGAAGAAGAGACAAUAGAUGCAGAAGAAAAGCUGGAAGGAGAUGUGGAUCAUAGCAAAGAGCUGGAUGAUCUGGCCAAGGAAGGUGAGCUGCCCAUGGAGGAACUGCUGCAGAAGUAUGCUGGUGCCUAUGCCUCAGACUUUGAGAUCGAAGAGUCAGACAUCUCAUCAGAAGCCUUGGAUCCCAGUACUUCAGAGUAUGAGGAGGAAUCUGAGGAAGAGGGCAGCAGUAGUCAUUCAGAAUCCACAGAUGAUGGGGAGAGUGAGCAGGAUGAAAGUGAAGAUGAUGUAGUUGAGGAAGAGGCGGAAGUGUCAGUGAACCAGGAGGAGGACUUUGGUGUUGAGUACCUGUUGAAGCAGGAUGAGGAUCGCGGUGGUGAGGGAGACAAUGACUCAACUCCAGCCCCGGGGCCCAAGAAGGAGAUAACAGAUAUUGCGGCUGCAGCUGAGAGCCUGCAGCCCAAAGGUUAUACCUUAGCCACUACACAGGUGAAGACACCCAUUCCCUAUCUGUUGCGUGGCACCCUGCGAGAAUACCAGCACAUUGGUCUGGACUGGUUGGUCACCAUGUAUGAGAAGAAACUCAACGGUAUUCUGGCAGACGAGAUGGGGCUUGGCAAAACGAUUCAGACGAUCUCCCUGCUGGCACAUCUGGCCUGUGAAAAGGGCAGUUGGGGCCCACACCUGAUCAUUGUUCCCACCAGCGUGAUGCUGAAUUGGGAGAUGGAAAUCAAGCGCUGGUGCCCCAGUUUCAAGAUCCUCACAUAUUAUGGAGCACAGAAGGAGCGUAAGCUAAAGCGGCAGGGUUGGACCAAGCCCAAUGCCUUCCAUAUAUGCAUCACCUCGUACAAGCUGGUGCUGCAGGAUCACCAAGCCUUUCGACGCAAGAAUUGGAAGUAUCUGAUUUUAGAUGAGGCUCAGAACAUCAAGAACUUCAAAUCCCAACGUUGGCAGUCUUUGCUUAACUUCAACAGCCAGAGGCGUCUGCUGCUGACUGGGACCCCUCUCCAGAACAGCCUGAUGGAGUUGUGGUCCCUCAUGCAUUUCCUGAUGCCCCAUGUCUUCCAAUCACACCGCGAGUUUAAAGAGUGGUUUUCCAACCCAUUGACGGGUAUGAUUGAAGGUAGUCAGGAGUACAACGAAAAUCUGGUCAAAAGACUGCAUAAGGUGCUGCGGCCCUUCCUUCUGAGGAGGGUAAAAGUGGAUGUUGAGAAGCAAAUGCCAAAGAAAUAUGAGCAUGUUAUCAAGUGCCGGCUCUCCAAGCGCCAGCGUUAUCUCUAUGAUGACUUCAUGGCCCAGGCUACCACCAAGGAGACCUUGGCAACUGGACACUUCAUGAGUGUCAUCAACAUUCUGAUGCAGCUCCGGAAGGUCUGCAAUCACCCUAACCUCUUUGACCCGCGGCCAAUCCACUCACCAUUCAUAACAGAGGGCAUCUGCUUCAACACAGCCUCCCUCGUCCUGAAUGCCCUCAAUAAUGACCCUUUCAAGCACGUGGACUUGGGCAUUUUUGAUUUGAUCAACCUGGAGGGUCGUGUAUCCCGCUAUGAGACAGACACGUUCCUCCCCAAAUGGAAGGUGACACGGAAGCUGAUUGAAGAGAUUGCUGAGUCCCCAGACCCUCCUCCCAGGCCCAAACCAGUAAAGAUGAAAGUGAACAGGAUGCUGCAGCCAGUGCCCAAGCCAGAGAACCGUACAGUGGUGCUGGUGAACAGCCCUCGUCCCCCCACCCCCCUGCAGAGAUCCAUCGCUCCAGUGCUUCCAGAGGCACUGCCACCGGCUCUAGCCCCCAUUCCACACCCAGGGCCUGUGUUGCCAGGGCCUGUGCAGCCUUCCCCACUUCCUGUCUCAGUCUCUCUCCCUGUGUCUAUCCCAAUGGCUCCCUCACCAGUGACAAUGUCAGUACCGGUGCCUCCUUCCUCUAGACCACAGACCCAGACUCUAGUGCCUACGCUGAGCCAGAACAACACUGCUGCUGCCCUGCUGCAGGGCCAAGCCUCUGCUCCACAGGUUCUGCCAAUGGCGAUGACUGCAGCUCAGCUGGUCCCAAACACUCCUCGGCCCUUACUUCCACCCCCGCCCCUUUCCCCUGUCACAACCACCUCGUCCUCACUUAAGCCUGGCGGAGGGCCAGUCUCCAUGGGACAACAGCAGCCUAUUAGCACCUUGAGCAUCACUCCUGUAGGUGGACAGCCGCCGCCACCCAUCAACACCUUGGGUAUCACCUCUGUGGGGCAGCAGCCCAUCAGCACCAAGCCAGUCAGCACCCUGGGCAUACCUCCUGUGGGGCAGCAGCAGCAGCAGCCCAUUAACCCCUUGGGUGUUUCUGCCCUGGGGGGGCAGCAGCAGCAGCCGCCACCGCCUGCCAACACUUUGGGCCCAACCCCUGCAGUCCAACAGUCUACCAGCACCAUGGCUGCAGGCACCAUUGGAGGCAUGAUGAAGCCAGUGAACAUCCAUCCAACAGUACCUGCCUUGCCAGGCUACAAUUUUGCAACUGGACCCUUGCAGCAAAGGCUUCUGCUUUCCCCUGACAUGCAGGCCCGGCUGCCUUCAGGUGAAGUGGUAAGCCUUGGCCAGCUGGCCUCAUUGGCCAACCGGCCCCUCCAGAGUGCUCCUGGCAGCAAACCCCUCACCUUCCAAAUCCAGGGAAAUAAGCUUACUUUGACGGGUACACAGGUGCGCCAGGUCACUAUGCCUCAGCCAGCCCGACAGCUGCCAAGGAAUGUAGUUCACCUGGUCUCUGCUGGGGGGCAGCAUCACAUCAUUAGUCAGCCAGCACAGGUGGCUCUGAUUCAGGCCAUGGCCCAGCAAGCAGGGCAGGCCCCAGUGGGUGUGCAGGCUGUGCAAGGCCACCAGCCCCCUACCAUCUUGCCUGUCCCAGCUACCAGCACAGCUGCCGCCGCUGUUGCCUCCACAGCAACCAUCAGUGUCCCCAUCGCUGCCACUCAAGUGCCCUCCUCUGCGGUGAACAGUUCUGGUGUGGUAAAAAUCGUGGUGCGCCAGGCCCCUCGAGAUGGCUUGGUACCGCCCUCUCCGGGUCCACAGCAGGCUCCUCUGCGCCCGGCUACACCGACAACUGCCACUACCCUGCCCGGCCUUUCAGCGGCGCUCAUGGCCCAGCGAGCCCCACUCUCCAUAAAUCCUGUGUCACCAGUCAGGUUGCCCACUCAGCCACUGGUGCCAGUGAGGACACCCACUCCAGCUCCUCUGCAGGCCCUUGUGAGGCCCAUGUUGCGAAUGGUCCAGGCACCCAACCCUGGUGUGGAGCAGCAGUUGGUGACGGCUUCCUCACCUCCCACAGUGGCUCCGUUUGCUGUCACCCCAGCUACCACCGUCACUGUCGCCACCAGCACGCCCCCUGUUGUGUCUUCUCACGUCACUUCAAGCCCAGUGCCCAGGGAGGAACCAGAGCUGUUAACGCUGCGCUCCACAACACCCACACCCCCUCCCCCUUCCAUCCUGGCCCCAAGACCGCGGCGGCAGCCACCUCCCCCACCCCGGUCACCCUUCUAUCUGGAAUCACUUGAAGAGAAGCGGAAAAAGCAGAAGGAGGAACGCCUCGACCGGCUUUUCCGCCUCAAUGAGCAGCACUGCAACCUGGUGCCCAUUUAUGGUACUGAGGUGCUGAGCUUCUGCACCCUCUUCCCUCCUGCUCCCCCAUCCUGGAAGGAGGAGGGUGAGGAGGGGAGUGAAGAGCAUGAGGGGACAGCCCAGGAAACGGAAUUGCAGAGCUGGAGAGGAGCCAGCUACGCCCACUGCUUCGCAGCACAAGUGCAACGGGAUCCCCAGCGCCUUGAGGCCCACUGGCAGCGAUCAGAGUCCUUGGCCAAGGCCAUCCUGACACCUCAGCAACGCAUCGAGGAACUGAGAGACAUCAUAGAGAGGUUCAUUUUCGUUAUGCCUCCUGUGGAGGCUCCUGCUAUCACCAUGCACACCUCUCACCCACCCCCAUCGCUCCUGCUCCAGCAGGCUGUCUUCAAGGAGACCCUGCGUCAAGAGCUCUCGCCCCAUGCCAGCUGCCUGCAUCGUAUCAUUUGCAACAUGAGGACUCAGUUCCCAGACCUCCGCCUCAUCCAGUAUGACUGUGGAAAGUUGCAGACAUUGGAUGUGCUGCUGCGGCAGCUCAAGGCUGGGGCCCACCGAGUCCUUAUUUUCACCCAGAUGACCCGUAUGUUAGACGUGCUGGAGCAGUUCCUCAAUUAUCAUGGACACAUCUACUUGCGGCUGGAUGGCAGCACCCGUGUGGAGCAACGGCAGGCCCUUAUGGAACGUUUCAAUGCAGACAAGCGCAUCUUCUGUUUCAUCUUGUCUACACGCAGUGGGGGUGUGGGGGUGAACCUGACCGGUGCUGACACUGUGGUGUUCUAUGACAGCGAUUGGAACCCCACCAUGGAUGCCCAGGCGCAAGAUCGCUGCCAUCGCAUCGGGCAGACACGGGAUGUUCACAUCUACAGGUUGAUCAGUGAACGGACAGUGGAGGAAAAUAUCCUGAAGAAAGCCAAUCAGAAAAGGAUGCUGGGAGAUAUGGCUAUUGAGGGAGGCAACUUCACCACAGCCUAUUUCAAACAGCAAACCAUUCGUGAGCUGUUUGAUAUGCCACUAGAUGAACCAGCUAAGAAAGAAGGGGAGGUCCCAGCUCUAGCACAGGAGGAGGAAGAGGAGCCCAUGGCCACCAAACAAGCCCAGAUUCUGGAGCAGGCACUGUGCAAGGCAGAAGACCCUGAAGACAUCCGGGCAGCCACCCAGGCCAAGGCAGAGCAAGUGGCUGAACUGGCAGAAUUCAAUGAGAACAUCCCUUUGGAUGCAGAAGAGAGGCCCAGCAGGGAAGAGGAAGAGGAGCUGUCUAAGGCUGAACAAGAGAUUGCUUCACUGGUAGAACAGCUCACCCCUAUCGAACGCUAUGCCAUGAACUUCUUGGAGGCUUCUCUGGAGGACAUCAGUCGAGAGGAGUUGAAGCAAGCAGAGGAACAGGUGGAAGCUGCCCGCAAAGAUAUUGACCAGGCUAAGGACGAGGUGGUUUUCAAGUUACCGGAGGAUGAAGACGAGAGCUAUGUCCUUGAGGAAGGCUCAAGCAAGAAGAGCAAGAAGGCCAGGGUCCCUAGCCGUACUGCUUCAGAGAGGACAGGCACCCGCAUGAGUGAAAGACUGCGUAGCACCCGUCUCCCACCACAGGAUGGAGACAGUGGAGAUGUGGAGUCCACCCAAGCUAGGCUGCCCAAUCUUCGGCAUUCCCGAGUAGUGACAGAUGAAGAAGAUGAUGGCUUGCCCCAAGUGGCUCAGCAUACACGAGGUGCUGCUGUGCGUAGAGAGUUGGUGAGGGACGAAAAGCCUGCUCAGGUUGUCCUGAACACUCGCAAACAUUUGGCCCGCCGAGAAGAAGCAUGGACUAAGACCCCAGCUGGUGGGGAGAGGGUGCAGAAAACAACCCCACACAGAACUGAACCUUCUGGUGACAGGGGUUUGAGAACUAAUCCGCACAGGGUGGAGACUUCAUCUGUGGGGGAUAAGUUGCUGCAAGGUACUCCACAGAAGCCUGAUCCAGGAUCUGCAGGGGACAGAGUUCUACGAGGCAUGCCUCUUAAAGCAGAAGCCCAGCCUGCUACUGAUAGGCUGCCCCAAAGUUCCCCACAAAUAACUCAUAUUGGAUUGGAGAAGGUGUUGAGACCAGGCCCCCAGAAGCCUGAAAAGCCUUCUGGGUUAGAUAGGCGUCAUUUGAGCCCACCAAAGCCUGAAGCACCCAAAUUUGAGGUAGAGCCCCCCCAGCUUCAUUCCCAGGGGCUUGAUGGGACAGUCCUCAAACAAGGAGCAUAUAAGAGAGAACAGAAAGAGGAAGGAACUCCCCUGCUCAAUCUGUCAGCCUCUGAACUCCAAGUUGCUGAGAAUGUCCCAACAAUGGGAGUGCCAGCGUUCCAAGCAUCAUGUGCUCCAGUGGCUGAGACUUUGUUGGAUACGCAGAAGCCACCUGUUGGUGAAGUCACGCUGGGAGUCCCAGCUGCAAAAGAGAAGGCAUCAAGCCCAGUACCUCUAAAUGCUACCCACGAACUACCUAGUGAGAGCAAACCUACGGCGGCUCAGGAAGUAGAUAAACUUGUGAGUGAACAAAAGGAGAGCCUGCUGUGGCCACAGGAAGAGACUGACAAGAGUAUCCGUUACAGUACUGCAGAGCAAGCAUCGCUGAGCUCUGUGGACAAGGCACCCAGGCAGGAGGCUUCGCAGGAGAUGACACCUUCCAGCAGUGCUGAUGGGGCAGUGGCUACUCUCUCCUCCCCAAACUCAGAGGGUAUCCCUCUGGAAGCCACCAGUGGUGCAGCAACCCAGCUGGAUCGUGAGACCCCCAAAACGGAGGUGCCUGUGCUUCCUUCUCCAGCCCACUCCACAGCAGCUACUAGCUCCCUUGCUCAACUGGAAACUUUGCCCUGUGCUGAUGAACAGAACGGUUUAGAGCAGCCUUCCAGGACUGGAGGUCUGCCUGGCCCAAUUUCAAACUUGGUGAACAAGCCUCAGUUGGAAAUCUUGCCACCAGAAACUGUAUUGCAAACAUCAGAGGUGGCAGUAGCUAGCAGUGAAACCAACAACCUCAGUGAGUCACCCAAGCAGAUGCAGGGGGUGGUGGGGAAAAGGUUUCCUGGGGAUGAGACCCCAAACGAAGCCGAGAUCGCAACCAUCUCCACUGGUGCUGUCUCUUCACAUGUGAGUCCAUUAGCUACAGUAACUUGCCCAGGAGCGCUGUCAUCAGAUGAGAGUCUUUCACCAGCCAAACCCCUCCGCCGCCGAACUAGUGCUGAUGUGCAAAUCCGGCAGAGCUGUCAGGAGCAGGAUGGCCCCACUGCCAAAGUCUUGCGCAAGCUGCCUGGACGACUAGUAACAGUGGUGGAGGAGAAAGAGCUAAUUCGGCGCCGCCGUAAUCGUGUCCGCAUACUGGAUGCUGCUGACAGCACCAUGACGAGCCCCAGCAACAGCUCAGCGCAGAGCAUGUCGGAGCCAGAGAUCUCGCCCACUGGGAAAGAGCUGCCACUGUUGCGUGACUUGCCUGCCCGCCGGAGAAUUGAGCUGGAAUGCCGGGCAGCAGCCAAGGAAAGAGAUGACAGCUCAAAACGAGAGUUGCUUAUUAGCCCUUCCAUAGAGCCUGUUAAACGCAAACGAGGGCGUCCCCCUAAGAAUAAGUCUUCUGAACAGCCAAGUCCAGAUAUGCUUCAACCGCUCCCUGAGCCAGUUCUGGAGAUCAACCUCCAAAGCAAAGCACCAAAGUGGAAGUUACCCAAGACACAACCUCAAAGUAAGACCCCAGAGCAGAAGGUGCUGGAGACACAACCCUCAAGUAAGGCCACAGAGAAGAUGCCUCAAGGGCAACCCUUAAGUAAGGGCUCGGAGCAGAAGGUGCCCGAGACACAACCGCGAAGUAAGGCCAUGGAGCGGAGGGUACCUGAGUCGUCAUCACCCAAGAGUGAGUCUCCCAAGAGCAAGACCGAGAGUAGUGAGAAUGACUCACCAGUGGAAAAGCGAAGGCGCGGCCGGCCACCCAAGGUCCGGGAAUCCCCUAUCAUGUCUCCCAAAGCUUCUGUUUCUGGAAAGCUAUCAGUUGCAUCCACAAAACCCUUGAUCACUGAUUUAUCCCGUAAAGUGCAGAAGCAGCUGCAAAAAUCCCCCGGGCCUACCUCUGUACCAGAGGCAACAUCAAAGUCACUGGACUUGUGUCCCAAAACAACUCCUGUCUCAAAAGCAACACCUAAGCCACAGAACCAAAUGCAUCCCAAUCCCUCAUCAGUGUCAAAAUCGACUCUUAAGGCACGAGAACUUUUGGCUACCCCCCUGAAACCUCUUUCCAAAUCUUCCACAGAAGCGUGUGAAUCCCUUGCCAUUCCCCCUAGAGCAGUGUCUGCCACAGAAACUUCCACAGAAAUGCAAAAGCGCCCCUCUCCAUCUCCUCUGCUUCAUGCAUCGCACAAAGCUGCUCUUGGUUCCCUGACAGCAGAGUCUCCACCAAAGCGGAAGAGGGGUCGGCCCCCAAAGAACCCGCCCUCUCCUCAAGUAGAGGCUGCACCACCUCCCGCUUCAACCUCUGACCAAGAGACCUCCACGGAGAAGCAAACCCCUGCUCCUCCUGUCCGCAAACGGAGGAGACGAAGGAGAAAGGAUGAGCUAGGCCCAUCGUUGCCCACUGUCAGCCAGAGCUCUUCGGAGGGUGAGGACACACGCCCACUCACCAGGCUUGCUCGGCACAAGCUGGAAGAGAAGCCAGAGUCUGGCGGGGAGGGUGUAGCACAGCCCUCCCCAAAGCCUGCUGCUGCAGAGGGGGCCUCCUCAGCCGAGAGUAGUGCUUGGGAACAGCCUUUUGGCGACACCCCCACUCGCUCUACCCGCCUGCGGCCUGGCAGCCUCGUUCCACCGCUGGAACGGGAGACCCAGCGGCGGAAGCGGCGCUGCUCCCUGGACGGCAGCCGGGUGAGCAACAGCAGCAAGUCGCCUGCCCCCCAAGCCAUCUCCGAGCAGGAUGGGGGGGAGUCAGAGUCCUCCCUGAGGUCCUCCUCAGAGUCUAGUGGUAACAAGCAGCCCAAGCGCCAGUGCUAUGAAUCAGCCGGGGGGCGGGGCAGGGGGCGGGGGCGAGGGCGCCGGCAGCUGAGCAGCAUGGCUGACCGCGUCCUUCGGAGUGCGGCCAAGCCGGCCGACAACACCCGCUCGGCCUCUUCCCCCAUCCCCACCAGGAAAACAGGCCCUGCCUCUGCUUCUGCUUCCACCUCAGCUGGGGGAGUCACUGGAGCGCUCUCUCCCUCAACUGUCUCCUCCCCAGGCACCCCCAUUACCUCUUCACUAAGUAACAGAGGCCGUAAGCCCAAAACGUGACCACCGCGUGAGAAGUUCUGCUGUCACUUCUCUACAGGGAUGGAUGGGCCAGUGCCAUCUCUUCUCCCACACAAGGCAGUAAGCAAAUUUAGUCCGCCAGCCCAUGCCCCUGCUCUGACUCUUCCUGAUGGUGGGGGCAGCCGGUGGGGCAUCCCUGUCCCCGCCCAGCUCCCUGCAUUCCAGACUUGACUGUUAGAGUACUACUUGAAAGGAGGAGAGUGGCUCACUCCCGGAUGCUCUUUUCAGAGUGGGGCGAGGGGCACUCCUGCUGAAGCUGCUAGUGGGGGUGACUCGACUGCUCCAUUGCAGGAGGAAGUGACCAGACCCGCACUUUGCUUAGUGUAUGUUGCUGCUUCCUGGUGGUGGAGUGUGUAGGGGCACAGGGGGUGGCUCUCCAGAGCCAUGGCCCUUGGAGGAACGCUGCAGGGCUGCCACCACCCCUGAAUGCCCUGCUGGUUCAGUACCACUUUGGGAAGCCUAUAGGCGCUUGCCUCCCUUUUUAUAAUCGUCACAAUGGGGGCUAGGUGUCCCUGUCCUCUGCCCCUUCUUCCCCUCCACCCAAAACCCAAACCUGCAGGGGACAUCCUCCUGAUUUAUAACACAAUUAGCUCUUACUUUUUUAAUGGCUUUGGGUUGGUUUUUAAAUGACAGUGACCAAAUGCUGGGUCCCCGUUCUCUGGCUAUCCCUUUUUGAUUGUCUCUGCUUAUUCCGUUCACCACUUAGGGCCCUCUUGAGGCAUGAGGAGGAGAGAGAGUUGGCUCUCAAAAUAUGAGGGGCAAGGCCUGUUCCAGUAAGGUCUUGCCCUCACUUUUUGUGUCACCUCCAGAAGAAAACUUGUAUUUUUAAUUAUGUAUAUUGCAGCCUCACUGCUCCAAGAAUUCUCUAUGGGCUUCUGAGUUGGGUCAUAUCCCCCUCCCCUUCCCUGCCUCUAUGUACAGCUCUCAAUGUAAAAUAGGUUCUUUUGAACAUAAUCUAUGCAAAGGUUAUUUUGUAUAGGGGAGCACAACGUUCCCUCCCCUCCCCCACCGCAGUGGGAUUAGGGGGUGGCAGUGGUUCUCUGGUUUGGGGGAGGGGUGCAGUGGGGUGGAGGGGGAGGUGUUCCCAUGGAGCUGUCUUUCCUACUGAAGCAUGUUCAGAACUUGUACAGAAGACCGAUGUAAUCUUUCUUCAGAAUAAUGCUAUGAAUAAAGUGUUAAAAAAAGGAAAAAACAACAACAGCACACCA